GAAGAAGAGGUGUGGCCAUAAAUAUGAUCAUGAAGAAGCCUGUGAACUACUUUGUGGUUGAUGCAUUCACUGACUCAGCCUUCAAAGGGAACCCAGCAGUAGUGUGCUUUCUUGAUGGGGAGAACAAGAGAGACGACUCUUGGCUUCAGUCCCUCGCCGCUGAGUUCAACCUUCCCAUGACUUGUUUUCUUACUCCGAUCACCGGAUCCCAUCCUCUUUAUCCCCCACGUUUCAUACUCCGGUGGUUCACACGCUUAGUCGAGAUGGAUAUUUGUGCCCAUGCAACAUUAGCAUCUGCUCACAUUCUCUUCUCAAACGGUUUGGUUGGUUCCUCUGACAUAGUCGAGUUUGCUACCCAAUCUGGGAUUCUGAUUGCUAAAAAGGUUCCAGAAGAAGGAUCCUUCUUGGUCGAACUGAGUUUACCUGAGAUUCUUACAUGUGAGUACAACUCAAAUGAUGUCUCCAUCUUCUCCAAAGCCUUAAGCGGGGCUACCAUUGUUGACAUCAAAGGAACUACAACAGAUAGCACCAUCUCAAAAGCCUUGAAUGGAGCUCCAAAGGCUGCUUCAACCGAUAAAAUCAUCGUUGUACUUCCAUCUUGGGAAUCUGUCAAAGAACUGCAGCCAAUAAGGGAUGAUAUCUUGAAAUGUCCCGGUAAAAUGUUAGUUGUUACUGCUGCUGCUCCUCCGGGAUCUGCCUAUGAUUUCAUUUCUCGUGUCUUCGGCCCCAAGAUAGGAGUUGAUGAGAGCCCUGUCUGUGGAAGUGCACAUUGUGCAUUAGCAGAUUAUUGGAGCCUCAAGAUGAACAAAUGUGACUUCCUGGCUUACGCGGCUUCGCCUAGGAGCGGAACAGUCAAGAUUCAUUUUGAUAAGGAGAAGCAGAGGGUCUUGCUUAUUGGCAAAGCUGUGACUGUGAUGAAAGGCUCUGUCUUAGUAUAACCAUUGACAUGUUGCCAAAAGUUUGAUCAGAUUCUUGAUAAAACAAUGCAUAUGUUCGUUAUAAUAAAAGGCAGUGACUGUUGCAGAGUGGCGUUUCUAUAUCAGACUUGCAAGUUGCAACAACGUUGUGUCACAAAGCAAGUUCUUAUAAAGAUGAAAUAUAAUAAAAUCUAUACCUUAGUGCUCCGGCCAUUAUUUGUUACAGCUGCUUCCUAUACUUUGAUUCGUCUCAUAUUUUAAUAUGUGAUUUUUCUUCUGACUA